AACGUCAACGCGUUGACAUUGACAUUGACGCUUGGCCCGCCAUUUUUCCCGUACUCCGUCGGCGUUCUUUUACCGUCAACGUCUUCGACCCACGCCGGCAUAUCCCACCGGAAUAAAACAAAAUCCGCGUUCAUCCGUUCGAUAAAAUGGCAGACGAGUAUUUUUUCGCUUUGACUUUAAAGGGCAAAAGCGCCAACGAGGUAUGGGACCCGGAAGCGAAGGGCGCGGGGGCCGAGGACUACCAGGGCGGCCACAAACUCAUCAUUAAACAGGCCCUCCUCGGACCCGACGCCACCGAAGGCGAAGUGAAUGUAAUUCAAGUGGAGGCGAUGACCUGGAAAGACUCUGUAAAGAUCCCGGUGGCGACCCUUAAGGCGGGCAGUGCCAACAACCAGGUGCUACUGGAUCUUUCUUUCCCCGAUCCCCCGGUGACCUUCACCCUGAUUCAAGGUAACGGGCCCGUUCACAUCAUCGGUCACCACUUAAUCGGGGGACCCAUCGAGGAGUUUGACGAAAUGGACGAGAUGGAGGAAGAAAUGAUCGAGGACGAUGAGGGUGAUGUCGAAGGGGAAGAAGAGGAGGAUGACGAAGAGCCCAAAUCGAAAAAAGCCAAGACCAACAACGUAAAAGGGAAGUCGCCGGUGAAGAAUAACGCAAAGGCCAAAAAGUAAAAGAUUCCGGGAUUUUAAUAAUAAUUAAAAAAAAAAACAGUUUUCUUCUUUUUUAUAUUAAUUGUGUAUUAUCCUUAAGUCUAGAGUUAACUUGAUUUAAGUAAUUUGCUGCUGAUGCUGCUGAAGAUGAUGUUCCGUGUUUAGGUUUAGGUUUUAUCACUAUUAGACUUAUAAAUUAAUAAUUAUUUGUCCUCGGUUGGUUCUGUCUCGGUUUACUCCCUCUUCCCUCAUUUUCUUUUUUUGUAAUUACGUGACACACACAUGAAUUUGUAAAUAUACAAUAUCAUUAUUAAAAUAUAAGUUUUUUCGUAAU